AUGAGGAUCUCCCGGCGAAUCUCAGUACCCGUCGCUCUUGGUGUGGGCGCAGCAGCGAUAUAUUACGGCUACGAGCAGAGGACGCAAUCGACCGCAGCACCAGAUGUUUCGCCGCUUUCGAGUGCUGUGACCGGCAGCCAGAGCUAUUCGACGUCCGCAGCGCCAGCACAUAGGUCUUCUCCGGCCUCCGUUGGAACUCCCUUGGAGCCGGAGGCUGUACCAGAAGCUGUGAGGAAGGCCCUUAUUGUGGAACAAGGCCAGCUUUUCACGGCCCAAAUACCUGCAGACCAGCCGAUCAGCAAGGAGACUGAUUACUCGGGACGAAAAGUGCUGGAGAUGCUCACACCGGAGCAGGCAAGCGCUAAGCUCAGGACGAAUGAGGAGAGUUACUUGGUCGGAAGAGGCGAGGGCGUCGUACGAUAUGAUGUGGUCCAAAUUCCAAGCAACGAUCCCAUCGAGGAUGACCACGUGGAGAAGAUUGUCGAGGUGCCGAACACCACCGCCGCUUCAGACGAGGGAAAGACGCGGUCGGACUGGAUGUUCUGGGGCGUAUUCGACGGCCACUCCGGCUGGACGACCUCCGCAAAGUUGAGGCAGACUCUCGUUUCGUACGUCGCGCGGGAGCUCAAUGCGACAUACAAAUCGGCCCUGCAAGAUCCGAAGCAGACGUUCCCAUCGCCGGACUCGGUGGAUGCCGCGAUCAAGAAGGGCUUCGUCAAGCUAGACAAUGAGAUUACACACGAGUCGGUCGCGAAGGUACUCAAAGCACAAUCGAAGGUCGUCGCAGCAGAGAUCCUUGCGCCUGCUCUCUCGGGCUCCUGCGCAUUGCUGUCCUUCUAUGACAGCCGCUCCAAAGAACUCCGUGUGGCAUGCACGGGGGACAGUCGGGCCGUACUCGGUCGGAGAGGCAGCAGCGGAAAGUGGACGGCCACCGCCCUUUCCGUUGACCAAACCGGCGGCACUCCUUCUGAAGACGCUCGACUCCGAGCCGAACACCCGGGCGAGCCGUAUGUCACCAUGAAUGGGCGCAUUCUGGGCGGUUUGGAGCCCAGUCGAGCUUUCGGAGACGCAAUCUACAAGUGGUCUGCAGAAACACAAGAAAAGAUGCGUAAGAGUUUCUUUGGCCGAAGUCCGUCUAAGCACCUGAAGACGCCGCCUUAUGUUACCGCAGAGCCUGUGGUUACCCGCACGCAAAUCGAGCCUGCCAAUGGAGACUUCGUCGUGAUGGCCACUGACGGUCUGUGGGAGAUGCUUACAAACGAGGAAGUCGUGGGCCUAGUCGGCCAGUGGCUGGAAAAGCAGGCUUCCAACGCUAGCGAAAGCAAGAGUGGCUGGCUGCAGUCGUGGUUCAGUAGCCAGAAGUCAUCACAGCUCCCUAUUGAGCACCACGACCAAGGUGACGAAAGCGGCCAGCGAGCCCCAGUCCGCCAGAAGCAGUGGGGUGUACCAUCUGGUCAAGACCAAAGAUUCGUGGUCGAGGAUAAGAACGCCGCUACGCAUCUCGUCCGCAACGCUCUUGGAGGGAAGGACAGAGACAUGCUCAGCGCGCUACUAACUUUGCCAUCCCCCUACAGCCGAAGGUAUCGCGACGACUUGACCGUGCAAGUCAUCUUCUUUGGCGAAGGACAAGGCAAUGGUCGCGUUGAACUUAACAAGGAAGCCAGCGCUACGGCAAAUGGAAAUGGGGCAAACAGCGUAAAAGCGAAACUUUGA